AUUUGGACUAUGGUACAACUUCUGAUCUGAGAACUAUUGAAUUUAUUGAAGCGAAUUCAGUAUUCUAUUUCAAACGAGCGCAUAUGUCACUAUGCAAUGGCAUAGACUCAAUCACUGAUAACCAAAACUUCAAUAAUAUAUACAAAAUUCUACUGCUAUAUUGA